AAAGCCAAAAGACUGAGGCAAAGGAUUAGUCUUCACUGAAAGAGGGAGGCUCUCUGUACCUUAGGCUUCAAGGAGCUUUACUAAACCCAUCAUGGGGAGUACAAAGCUCUGCCUUUUGCUGCUGUUGGGCACGUACACCCUAGCCCAGCAAGAUGUGAGAAGUGUUGAUGAACAACCCUCAGGAUGCUUUUUGUCCAAAAGAUUCAAGAACUUCAGGGGGUUUGUGUACGACUACGAAGCUGAGACCUUUAACGGCAUGACCAGAGCCACUGACAACAAGAGCAGCCCCAAAAUCUCCUGCAAAGUUGAGGUUGAUGUGCCCCAGACCUGUAGCUUCAUCCUUCGCACAACAGAAUGUUCUCUGAGUGAGAUUUCUCUGGUGGAAACAGACGGAAGCACAGUGUAUCGUCCUGUUGAGGGAACUGAGGCUUUCCAAGCUGCCAUGGCCAAGAACGUUUUGAAGAUCACAGUUGAAGGACAGACUGAUGUCAAACUCUUCCCUGAGGAUGAUGAGCCUGUCAACAUCUUGAACAUCAAGAGGGGAAUCGUCUCUGCUCUCAUCGUGCCAGUAAUGGAAGAGGAGAGGAACAAAGAAAUGGCCACCGUGCAUGGAGUCUGUCCCACCGACUUCACCGUCAACACCAGAGAGGACAUUGCCACAGAUGUCACUGUCAGCAGGGAUCUUUCCAAAUGUGACUGGUUCAUGGCCCGCAGACAGGACACCAGUCCCCUGGCGCUCAUCUCUGGCAUGAACUAUCCUCUGUCCAAGAUGAUUAGAAGCACCCAGACUUGCAACUACCAGUUUGACAACCAGAAGAAGCACAUGACCAGUGGAACUUGCACAGAGAAACACAUCUACAUGCCCUUCUCCCACGGGGGUGAAUAUGGAAUUUCUACUGUGGUAAAGCAAACUGUGACUCUGAGAGAGACCGCCAAGAUCAAUGACAGAGUCUUUGACCGCAAUGAGGCCAACCUGAAGUUCUUGCCUAUGGAUGUUGCUGACAACAAGUCCCCUGUGCAAACCAAGGAUGCUGUCAUUGCCACAAUGCAGGAACUGACACAGGGCCCUACUGAUGUCAAGCAGCGAGCCAGCCUGUUCCAUAAGCUGGUGUCUGAGCUCCGUGGCCUGAAGGUUGAUGUCCUAGGAUCUGCUGCUCUUGAGAUGACUGACAUUUCCAUGUCUCUGGCAUGGCAAGCUCUGGUUCAGUGCGGAACCCCAGAGUGUACCAGCGCUAUGCUGAAGGUCCUCAGAACCUUUGACGAAUCUGCUGUUCUUGAAGUUGAUACUACUGUCUAUGCCCUGGGACUGCUGCCUAACCCCUCCCGCCUCAUGGUCAAUGACAUGCUGGCAAUGGCUCAGAAGAAGCAGAGCAGACCGAUCAUGUAUGCCCUGAGCAAUGCAGUCAGGAAACUGUACCAGGCUGAGGGCAAAGUCACCCCUGAGAUCACUGCUGUUUCUGAGUUCAUGGCUUCCAUUCUGGGCGCAGACUGCGCUGGGGAGAAAGAUCUGACUUUCCUGACCUUGAGGGUUGUUGGAAACAUGGGAGACGCAAUGGAAGCUGCUGAUCCAGCGAUGAAGUCCAUUAUGCUGAAGUGCAUGAGACAGCCUGCAACCACUCUGUCUGUGCAGCUCGCCGCCAUCCAGGCUUUCAGACGCAUGUCUGUGACAGAUGAGGUUCGUUCUAAUCUCCAGAGAGUCUGCCAGUACCCCAAGGGUGCUGUACAGAAGCGCCUGGCAGCCUACCUGAUUCUGAUGAGGAAUCCCCAGGACAGUGACAUUGAGAUGGUGAAGAAGCUGUUUAAUCAGGAGCAAAACACUCAGGUCAAGGCCUUUGUGACCUCCCACAUCUACAAUAUCAUUUCCUCCACUGAUUCAGAGACCCAGAAGCUUGGUGAGAAGAUAAUGGAUGCCCUUCAGGGCACAGAUGUUGCCACACACAAUGACUACACCACACUGUCUCGCAACUACAAACUGGGCAUGGCACAAGAAAACAUGCAGGCCAACAUUCAGGGGAACAUUGUAUUUGAUCCUAAUAGCCAGUUGCCCAGAGAGGUCUUGCUGGAAACUACCCUGAAAGCUUUUGGUUACAAUAUGGAUCUUUGGGAGGUUGGCAUGGAUGGAAGGGGCUUCGAACCAGCCAUUGAUGCUUUGUUUGGAAAGAACGGGUUCUUCCCAGACACUGUGUCCAAGGCACUGUACUGGGCUGAGGAUAAGAUGCCAAUUAAGAUCAAAGAAGUUCUGGACAAAUGGGUUGCUCCCCUGAAAUCAGAAGGACAGCAGGUUCCCAAAAAUCUCCUGAGAGACAUUGAGCGCAGUUUCACCAAGCUGGUUAAAGAUCUGCAGAAUCAGGAGUCCCCAGAGUCCAUGGCCUACCUUAGAAUCAUGGAAGCUGAGCUUGGCUUCAUCAAGGGCAGCGAUCUGAGGGUUAUUGCCAAUAACAUCAGGAUGUAUACAGAGAUUUUCUUCAAGAUCCUUCCCACUCAGAUCAUGGCUAAACUGAUGUCCAGCACUGACAAUGAGUUCUUUGCCCAUUACAUCUUCAUGGACAACAAAUUCAUCUUGCCAACAGCAUCUGGCUUACCUCUGACAUUUGCUCUGUCUGGUACCUUUACUCCUGGUGCAAAGGGAGGCCUUCAGAUAACUCCAAACAUGAAGGAACUGCUCUUCAAGCCCUCUGUUGGAGUUGAGUUUGUGACUCAAAUGGGAGUCCAUGUCCCUGAAUUUGUUGUCUCCGCUAUUGAGAUGCACACCAACAUGUACCAUGAGAGCACAGUCAAUGCCAAGAUCACCAUGGAGCAGAACCAGGUCAAGUUCUCCAUCCCUGUUCCAGAGAGCAACACAAAGCUCUUCACUAUCAGCAAUCAAGUGCGGACUGUGGGUGCUGGCUAUGCUGCAAAGAUCCCACACAGACUGGGUGAAAGCAACUGCGACCGUCUAUUCUCUAAUGUCAGAUUGUGCACCAAAAAAAUGUAUGCUGACGCUGGUGAUAAAACUACUUUCUUCCCCGCGGACGGAUGGGCAACGUAUUUUGUAGACGUAAUGCCUAUCAGAGGAGUCUCUGAAUACACGGCUACCAUCGCCUAUAAUCUCCUUAAUGAAGGAAAGGACGGCCGCCAGAAGGUUGAUUCACUGAAGAUGAUCCUGAGAGCUGAGGGCACUCAACCUACUGAGGCUACAGCCACCCUAAAAUACAACAGGAACAGGAAUGUAUUCACCACCCAAAUCCAGAUACCUGACUUUGAUGUUGAGGCUGGUGUCAAGGUUGGCAUGACUGACAGCAAUACCAAAGGCAAAUCCAUUACUCUCGAGAUCACCAACAAGAACGUCCCACAGCUCUCUCUGAUUGGCCGUGCCCAGCUUCAGGCCAUGACUGAUGGCAUGGUGCAGGUUCAGCUGUUAGUCCCCUCACUCAAGACUGAUGCUGCCAUCACUGCGACCAUGAAGAAUGCUGACGAUAUCACCAUGGAGAUCAAGAGUGAUAUCAAGCUUCCAGAGACCUCAUCCAUUCAGGCAGUCACAUUUAAAUAUGGUAAAGAUCAGGCUGAGGUUCAGCUGAAGUCCAACAUGAAUGCUGAUACUACGAUCCUGGUGCCUUACAAUGAUGCCCUCCAGGCCUGGGUCAGGCAGAUUGUGGAGGAUGUCAUGGACCAGCAGAUUGUCAAGACUGACAUGAAACUGCGUCACAUCUUCAACAAGGCAGUUGAGGCCAGCAAUGUCUGGAUGGACAAGAUCUCAACUGAUGUUCCCUAUGUUAACACUCUGAGAGACAAUAUAGCAAUGGUGGAGAUGCCCUCCAUGCCUGCCAAACUAUUCAUGGACGUUGAAAGCGCAGUCAGAUACAGGUUCAACCAGGACCGUUUGACCAUCAGUGUCCCUCUGCCCCUUGGAGGCAAAUCAUCUGAGGAGCUAAGGAUACCUUCCACAGUCACCUCUCCACGCAUCUCCAUGCCUCAGCUGGGUGUAGAGUUUGACUCACAGGAGAUCCAAAUCCCCACUUUUAACAUUCCUUCUGAAUAUGAGAUCACCCUGCCUCUGAUGGGAAUGGUGGAAGCAUCUGCUAAGGUCAACAGCAACUACUACAACUGGGAGACAAUUGUGUCUGCUGGCAACAAUACUGCAGAGUCUCCUAGCUACUUGGCCAAAUUCAAAGUCAUGGCUGACAGUCCAAUCAAACUUCUCUCUUUCACAACUGAGGGAGCUACAGAAAUUACCGAAACAGCAGAAACCAUGAAAUUCACCAUGGAUGCUUCCCUGGACCAUGAACUCAUGAGAACAAAUGUUAAUGUGAUGGAAACCAUUGCUGUGUCAGACAAAGUCAUGUCAUCAGGAAGAUACAACAUGCUUGCCAGUGCCCCUCUGGGUCUGGAGACUUCCCUGACUAUUACCAACCAGUUCACCCUAGACUCAAACAAGUUCUUUGGAGAUGUCAACACAGAUGGAAGUGUGUCCAUUGGACCCAUGACUGCCAGCACCACUUAUCUCCACACCUUUUCUGUUGAGCCAGUGAAAAAAGAAGCAAGAAUGGAAAGUACACUGAGUGUGACCUCUGAAAUCCUGAAGGUUGUAAACAAGAUCAAGGCAUCAUAUGAAAAUGACGAACUUCUGGUUGAGUCUAACACCAACAUGAACAGUGACCCCAUCAAGCACACCACCAAAAUUGACCUUAACUACAAGGAUGUCACACUUACCAUCAAGUCUGACUCCGUGACCAAGUCUGCUGAGAGAAUCCUUCGUAGCCAGGUGGAGUUCUCUGCCUCCGAAGCACAGGCCAGCCUCAGAAUUGAGAAUCAAGCUGAUGAUACAGAGAACCGGGCCUAUUCUCUGCUUACCGGGUCCAUGAGUCCCUCUGGCUUGGAGCUCAAUGCCGAUGCCUCCGUUAACAUCUUUGCAAGCCUUGCCUCUCACAAAGCAACCUUGACCCUGAACAUGAAUGGCCUGACCACCAGCUGUACAACAACUGCUCAGCACAGCCCAAUGACCUUUGAGAAUGUUUUCCAAGGUGGACUUGACACUUCUGGUGCCACCAUGUCUCUCACCACAAAGGGAGGCAUUAAGGAGAACAAAGUUGAGCUCAAUGUUGAUGGAAAGAUUGCAAGCACAGAAGUUUAUCUCAACAGCAUCUUGAAGGGUAACCUCUUUGACAUGAACACCAGGAACAGAGUGAACCUCAGAGUGAAUGAAGAUGGCUUAGUUUUCUCCAACAACAUGGUUGGAUCUUUCAACGAGAUGAGGACUGAAAAUACCCACUCACUGUCUCUGACAAUGAGAUCUUUUACCCUCAGCUCCAAGACUGACAACGUCCUUGACAAGAAAAACUCCUACAUGCAUGACAUCACAGUAAACAUGGAGCGUUUCACAGUCUCAGUUAUGAUGAAAAACGACCUGAAGAUCAUGGAGAUUAACUUUGUGAAUGAUGCCCAGUUCAAGGCAGAGCCCUACAACAUGGAGCUGACUGGAACGAUGAUGGGAGCCUUCUCAGAGGAGGAGCUCAAGCACACCUAUGAAAUCAAGUUUGUUGACAUGGUCCUGUCUACUAAGUCCAAUACCAAUGGUAAACUCCUAGGAUCUCAAAUGACACAUGACACUGAUAUGGAAGUUGCUGGUCUGACCAUGAAGUUUAACAAUGUUGCCAACUUCAAAUCACAAAAUCUUCGUUUGGACAGCACAAUCAAAACUGUUGCUGAACCCUUCACUCUGAACAUUGAUGCCAUUUUCAACUCAAAUGGUGCAAUGUAUCUGUAUGGACAGCAGAGCGGCGAACUAUACAGCAAGUUCCUCCUGAAAGCAGAACCCCUAGUCUUCACACAUUCAUUUGAGUCCAGAGCCUCAACCACUCAUGAACUGGAAGGCAGAGCCACUAUCAACACCAAUAUGGACAACAAGUUCAACAGCAUGCUCAGUCUCCAAGAGCAAAGUGUCACACUGAAGAUGACAUCCAAUGUGAAUGACCACAGAUUUGAACAAGAAAUGGGUGCUUUUAACAAUGCAGAGAGAAUGGGUAUUGAGAUGAAAGGAGCAGUCUCCACCACCCUCUUCAGUGAAGCUAGUCAAGAUUAUGCCAUCUCUGGAUUUGUGAAAUACGACAAGAACAGUGACAGCCACUUCAUUCAGAUCCCUUUCAUUGAGCAACUACCUGCAGUCUUCGAAAAUGUAAAGGCCACAAUGAUGAUGCUGAUGGACCAGAGCAUUGAGAUGCUGAAAGACAUCAACACCAAAUAUGACAUCAGUGCCAAGUUUCAGAACAAGGUGUCAGAACUGAAAGAGGUAAUUGAAAACUUUGACUUCAACCUAUUUGUCGAAGAUCUGAGGAAGUAUAUCAACUCAAUGGAAAAUGUCAUGACCAACCUGGCAGCAAAGUUCCCAACUGACAAAGUCAUGAAUGUGCUGAAGUCAAUGAAAGAUGCUAUCAUGGCUUGGAUGAAGAAGCAUAACAUUGCUAACAAGUUCAAUGUAAUGUAUGGCAAAGUAGAAGAGAUUCUCUCCAACUAUGAGGUUGAGAAGAUGGUUGAGGCUGUAAUGGAUCAGGCUGUUCAAAUCAUGAAGCAGUAUCAGGUGAAGGAAAAGAUUCGGUCUGCAUUUGCUGCUCUCAGAUCAGUUGACAUCCAGCCUUUGAUCAAAAAGCUUAUGGUACCAGCUCAGGAGCUUGUGAAUGAACUGCACUCCUUUGACUUUAAACAGCUGAUUAAUGAUAUGAGUGACUAUUUCAUGAGAAUGAUCCAGAAAAUCAAAUCUUUUGAUUAUGACACAUUCACUAUGGAGUUGAAAGAGAAAGUGACAGAUAUGAGCAAGAUUCCCUGUUUUGGAAAACUCUAUGGAGAGUUCAGAGUAAUGUCACCUCAUUAUAACCUCAGGACCACUGCUGACCUGGAAAACACCACCACAACAUCACUCACACCAGAAUUCAAAAUGAACCUUAACUCAAAGGCAACAUCUAUCUUGAAAGUCCUUGACUUCACUGUGGAUGCCAGUGCACAUUUUGCUUUGCCCAAGAUGAGUCGUCUGUCAAUCACUGAGGACAUCAAGGUUGACCAGUCAUGUAUUACACUCGACCACAAGGGGACAAUGAUUUUCUAUGGCCUGUCAGCUCAAGCAUCUGCUGAAACUACUGCAAAGGUCGCAACUGAGAUCUAUGUUGCGGAGCUUGUCAAUAGUGCAUUCUUUGCUAUGGAAAAUGGAGUGUCUAUCACAGUAGAUACUAGCUAUAAACAUGAUGUCAACAUGCCAGCCUUCAACAUCUUCAGUGAUGCAUCAAUGAGUCAAAAGACAGUUUUCAAGCUUGAAGAUGGUUCUGCCAAUCUGAACAUUAACAAUCUUGCCAAUGGAAAAUAUGCAGUUCAGGAAUUUGCAGAUGAGGCAACCCACAAGAGUGACAUGGAGAUGGUCAUGGACCUCCAUACAGCCAAAGUUACUUUCACAGGAGCAACAGGCUGCAGCCAAGUCAAAGCUAAUCAAAAUGUGGUUGCUGAUAUUUGCAUUUUCCGCCAUGUAAUUGUUGAUGCCAAGGCUGAGACAGAAACACCCUUCAUGAGGAACAGCAUCGCAAAGGUGAAGUUCCAGGCUAAGGCUGGAGAUCUGAAAAUUGAUUUUACUGCCUCUCAUGAUGCAGAGCUGGUUGGACUGGUUGAGGGAACUCUUUCAAACUCUGUUAUUGCUUCGGUCACACCAGAUGAGCUCACGUUUGACACCAAGAAUAAGGGAAAUGCCAAGGUUGUCCUUCCAUUCAAGCUGUCUGGAAAGGUAGAUCUCCAGAAUGACGUCGCUCUUACCCUGAACUCUGAAGUGCAGCAAACCAGCUGGAACAGUUUGGCUAGAUUCAACCAGUACAAAUACUCCCAUUCCAUCACCAUGGAUAAUGGUGAACAGGAAAUUAACAUAUAUUCCCAGAUUAAUGGAGAAGCAAAUCUUGAUGUACUGACAGUACCUAUCACCAUUCCUGAAAUGACUGUGCCAUUUUUUGGUAUAAGAACACCAAGAGUGGAAGACUACUCACUGUGGAAAGACACUGGCCUUCACAAUCUCCUCAUCACAACCCAGCAGACAUUUGACAUGAACUCCAAAAUAAAGUACAUGAAGAACUUUGAUGUGAUCACCAUUGACAUUAAUAUGGACCCAGUCAUCAAUGCCAUUAAUGCCAAUGUCAAAACUCUGCAUAAGAAUGUUCUCAUCGGCACGGAUAAGGCUGCUGACAUCCUCGUUACCUCCUAUGCCAAAGCAAAGGCAGAGUAUGAAAAAUAUGGUAUUGAAUUGCCUAAAACCAUUACAGUCCCAGCCUACAAAGUCCCAGUGAUGAAUGUUGAGGUGUCUACAUUCACCAUUCCAGUGCCUGACUUCACAAUGCCAUCUCUGCAUGUUCCAUCUGCUCUUAGCAAGCUGACAAUCCCAGAAAUCACUCUGCCCAAAAUUCAGAGCAUUAAGAUCCCAGUAAUGGGUGAUCUGACCUAUGAGUUCUCCAUGAAAACAGCAAUGCUCACACUCAAAACUGAUGCCAGCAUCCUUAACCAGGGCGAGAUCAUCAUGAAACUUGAUGCUUCCUCAUCCUCUGAAUGUGAGCUUCUGAAUGGAAAGAUUGAGGGCAACACCAAUGUGAACAUGGUUGAUGGAUUCAAAAUGGCCUCUGUCCUGGCUGUAAAACAUUCAAUGGUAGAGGGAAACCAUGACAGCAACAUCAUCAUAAGUUAUGAAAAUGUGGGAACCUCCAUCACCAACUCAGCAAAAGUCAAUCUGCCCAAUCUGUCAAUGGAAAUCAACCACAAAAUUACUGGAAAUCCAGUGGAUGGCCUUGUUGUCUCUAUGUCCAUUCCAUCUGCCGGACUCAUUGCAGUUCAAAUGCAGACUAAGCGCCCAGCACAAGUGAAAGCAAGACUCUAUGGUAGCUACCCGUCUGAGCCAACUACAGAUGUUGACAUCUUGGGUCUGAAGUUGUCUGUGAGGAACUCUGAGAAGUUGAACCUUCAGACAACCUGGAAUACGGAGAUGCCCUAUGAGAUGAUGCUGGGACUGAAGAACCAGGUUCCCGCAGUCAUGGGAAUGGUCUCUGCCUAUGGUGGCAGGACAUAUGAUGCAAUCUAUGACCAGGCUAGAAACAUUGGGGAUUCCUUUGAACAGGCUGGAAAGCAGGGUAAAGUGAUGUUUAAGAGGGCUGUUGACAACCUUGCAGCAGUAUAUCCUUCUAACACUAUGGCAACUGUCACAGAUAAGACCAUUUUGCUCUUGAAAGAGUACCAAAAGAAAGUUGAGAUUGUUCUUGAUGCUGUUGUUAAAUUCCUGAGAGAGACCAAGUUCCAGAUCCCUGGCUUUGAACAGAGGCUGUCUGGACUUGAGGUCUACCAGAAAUUGAGUGCCUUUGUUGCUGAUGUAUCUCAGGAGGCUAUUGAAAAGAUUCCACAGUACUUCUCUUCCAUGUUUACAGCAGGCCUUGAUUAUGUUAAAGCCAUUGAAUUUACCCUCCCUGGCUCAAGCUAUGUUGUCAGUGGAAGAGAAAUUCUUGAUGAUUUGUUGGUAGCUUUGAGGAAAAUCCAGCGCCAAGUGAUUAUCACUGUGAGGAAAGUGGGAGAUAUUCAAUUGGAAGAUAUAAUUAGUAAAUUCUCUGAAUUUGUGCAGUUUACCACUGAACAAAGUGAGAGGCUCCUUCAAACCCUAAAAUCUCAGAAUGUUGAGAAGCUCUCAACUUUUGUGACUGAUGUAUACAAUGAUGCCAUCAACUCUCGUGUCCUGGCUGAUGUUUCCAUGCAGGUCCAACAGGCCCGCAGAAUUGUUAUGGAAUAUUUAGAAGCUGUGAAAGCUAAACUCCAGAAUAUUUUGUCUGGCAUGUCUAGUGAACAGCUUCAAGUUGACAUCCAGUCCUGGAUUGCCUCAAUGGUAAAACGUGUGAAUGCUUUCCACAACAAUGUCAUCAGGACCCUUAAGGAAAAAAGCAAAAAUGUUGAGCAAUUUGUGAGAGUAAGUGACAGACAGAUUGAGGUCGACAUUCCUUUACCAUUUGUUGCCAAAUUCAACUAAGUAACCAUGGCUAACAAGGAUAUACAUUGUAUGUGUUGACUGUAUCUAUUGUGUAACCAAGUGUAUUCUCAUCUCAACAAAAUAAAAAAAACUGUAUGUUAACAAAUAUUGUCUGUACUUAUGCUUGUCUCUGUAUUCUGUUUUUCUAAUUAUUAAUUUUGUUUAUUAUUUCACAGUAGUCUCCCAGUUGUUCUAAUCCUACUGUGUUCCUUCUCUGUCUUGUUCUAUUUAAAAACAACAUGUGGGCUUCAAUAAAGAUAGUUUAUACUGCA